AUGCCCCGUUCGAAGCGAUCAAAACUUGUGACAUUGGCCCAAACCGACAAGAAGGGGAAGGAAAACAAGGAGCGGAUUUUCGACGAUGUCCGCAGUGCCCUUGACACUUACCGCUACGUGUGGGUCCUCCAGCUCGAUGACGUUCGGACCCCCGUCCUUCAAGAAAUUCGUCAGGCCUGGACUGGUUCCAAGUUGAUUAUGGGCAAGCGCAGAGUGUUACAGAAAGCCCUUGGUGACACCGUCGAAGAGGAGUACAAGGACAACUUGCUGCAACUCGCCAAAGAGUGUGACAAGGGUUUGCCCGGUCUUUUGUUCACCAACGAAGACGCCGACACCGUCAAGGAAUACUUCGACACUUACGUCAAGGCCGACUACCUGCGGGCCAAGUCGCAAGCUCCCCUCGACUUCACCAUCCCCAGUGGCAUCGUCUACUCCCGUGGUGGCCAAAUCCCCGCUGAAGAUGACGUGCCCAUGGCCCACUCGUUGGAAGAGACUCUCCGUAAUAAGUUCAAGAUCCCCACCAAGAUGAAGCAAGGUAAGAUCACCAUCGCUGAGCCUUACCACGUGUGUCUGAAGGGCGAUGUCUUGGACGUUCGUCAAGCGCUUAUCUUGAAGCAAUUCGGGAUCGCCGCCGACGAGUUCAAGGUGGGGAUGGUCGCUUGGUACGACGGUGAAUCGAACGAAGUCACCAAGAUUGAAUAA